AUGCCCAAAUACCUCGAAUCGUUUGGUGAUACCUUAUAUCUUAGUAACGAGGAAGAACAACAAGCUGAACUACAACAACACCAACCUCAACUUCCAUCAAAAUCCACACCACUCUCCACCCACCCUUUGGCUCAAGCUCUCUUUCAGUCAAUCUACAAUAAAGGCUUCGUCGACGGCGCCUCUUCAACAAUCUUUCAAAGCUUAUCCACUUACUUCACGUCUCACCCGAUCUUAACUACUACAAUGGUUUUACUUAUCGGAUCAGGCAGUAUUGCCCUCUCCGCUCGAAGGGGAACAGGUAUCAAUCCGACUAAACGUCUUUUGUUCGAUGCUGGAUCUAAUUUAUCCAGAUCUACCAGAUCUACCAGAGAAGCGAAAUUGUUCGGUACCUCCCUUCCUACCUUGGCCAGAAAACCACCUUUUUCUUCUCCUCCCGCUUCUUCCGGAGGUUUAGCAGGAGGUGAUUACGAUAAAGCUCUCGACAAACUUCGCGAGGACAUACACGCAGCUCGAGACUUAUUUGACAAGGGGGAAAAGGAGGAGUCAAAAGUCGAUAUCGGUACUCAACUUGAAGGUAAAGUAGAUGUACGUGAUGGAAAGGAUCGAUCUUCCGGAUUGGACGGUCGGACUAUGUUGGAUGCCAUGAGUCAGAUGUUAGCUCAAAUUGGAGAAAUCGGGGAGGGUAAGAAGAUUAUCAUGGAUCUGAGUCCAGAUGGUAAAUGGAGUGAUCCUAAGAUCGUUGAUUCGACCAGAUCAGAUUCGGAGAUCGACGAUUCUUCGAUCCCCUCUACUUACCUUCCCAGCUCAAAAGGACCAGGACUACCAGAAGAAGGCUGUACACCAGAGGACGUGAAGAAGAUCAACGCUGAAACUCUCAGUUCACCCAUGGCCAAUUCUGAAACAUGGACAAAAGCCCGAUUCGCUAUCAUCGGAUGGGGCGAGGAAGAAGUUUGGAAUGGUACUGGAAACUUGACAAUCAAGUUCUGGGAUUCUGUAAAUCCUGACCAAGUGAUCAAUGACAAGAUGAUCGUUCGUACAUUGUUCAAAGAGGGUAUACCCGAAGCGAUCUACCAUAAUGGAUUGUUAUUCCAAAUUGAGGAAACUCCAGAAGACCUUGACAGUGGAGAACCGAUCUGGAAAUUCGAAAAGCUACUUGUCGACGUGAAGAAGGUCGUUGAAAUGGGUGAAUUGCAAAAUGACGAGCUAUACAACCCUUCGAUUGCAUCAGAUCCCGAAGAAGACCUCAACGAACCCACCAUGUUCGACGAGUUGAUUGCAAAUGAUCGGUCGACCAAUGCGCACAUCUUUAGGGAUGCAGUACCUACCAUCGAGCCUAGACACCUGAUCAAGGCUGUUGAGAAUGAUCAGCGGGUCGAGUUCUGGUUGGAUGAGAAGCUCGGUGACGCCAAAGCUGUAGGCCGCAGUGGGAAGAUCGAAUUGUGGAAAGUCAGAGUGGGGAUCUAUGAGCUGUAUGAUAAACCCGCGUGGUCCGAACUUGAAGCUCUAGUCUAUUUCAAUGGCCCACCAAUGAAGAUCGCCAUCGACCCGGAAACAGGAUAUUCCGUCGAUCUCUUCCCAGGUGACGAUGGUCAAUACAUAGUCAACGGUCAGGGAGAGGAUGGCGAAGCUUUCGAUAAUUAG